UUGUCUGAUGAGCAGAAACUCCCCGGGUGAGACCGAGGGAGGAAGAUGGCGGCCACUGACCGUUCCCGGUCCGAAGCUGCGAAGCAGCGGCGCCAGGAUCAGCUCCAACGGUGGCAGGGCUCGGAGACGGAUCGGACCGGGGCGGAGGCGAGGGGCCAGAACUCCGCUCCCGGAAACCGACGAGGACGAGUGCGCUUCGCCCAGGGCGCCGUGUUCAUGGCCGCCUGUUCCGCUGGGGACCAGGAGGAGGUGGCGGAGCUCCUGCGACAGGGAGCUGAUAUCAAUCACGCCAAUGUGGACGGACUCACGGCUCUGCAUCAGGCCUGUAUUGAUGAAAAUGCAGAAAUGGUUCAGUUUCUGGUAGAAAGUGGCAGUAAUGUAAACCGAGGAGACAAUGAAGGCUGGACGCCCCUCCACGCCGCCGCCUCAUGCGGUUUCCUACAAAUCACAAAGUAUUUGAUAGAACACGGGGCGCGUGUGGGGGCAGUCAACAGCGAGGGGGAACUUCCUCUGGACGUCGCCACAGAAGAUGCCAUGGAGAGACUGCUGAAAGCCGAGAUUAAAAAACAGGGUAUCGAUGUGGAGCAGGCCAGGAGAGAGGAAGAGAGAGUCAUGCUUCAGGAUGCCACGGCCGUGAUGGCAGGAACUGGCUCUCUUGUCCCUCAUCAAAACACGCAGGCCACGGCACUGCAUGUAGCUGCUGCUAAAGGAUACAUUGAGGUGUUAAAGGUGCUGCUGCAGUGUCUGGUGGACGUCCACAGUCGGGACAGUGACGGUUGGACGCCGCUCCACGCGGCAGCUCACUGGGGUCAGGAGGAGGCCUGUAAUGUGCUUGUUGAGCACAUGUGUGACAUGAGCGCGGUUAAUAUUGUGGGCCAAACUCCACUCGAUGUAGCCGACGAGAACCUUGUCGAAGUCUUAGAAGAACUGCAGAAGAAGCAGAACGCUAUGCGUUCAAAGAAACGGAAGAUCCAGUCGCCUGUCAUUGAGACCAGCCCGACUGUUUCCACGGCACCCGCUCGACCUCGCAGGAGAUCAAUUUCUCGUAUGAGCAGCAAAGAAAAAAUCACGCUUCACGAGAGAGAAAAGCACGCGCUCCCCACACUCCAAACUCCGCCCACCGAAGAAGAGGACGAGGAGUCCAGGACAGCGGUCGCCCCCAAAGCCUCCAGCAGCUCAAGUUCAGAGGAAGAGAGCGAAUCGGAGAGCGACGCUGAGUCAGAAAAAGCGAAAACUCGAGAAAUGAUCAACAACUUGAACAACAAGCGCAACAAUUCUACUUCGGUUGCGAGCGCUACGGUGACCAGCACAGCCGGAAAUCAGGCUAAAAAGGGUGAACCUGUCCAGACGUCAGCGACAGAGGCUCUGGGUUCCUGGAGGACGUCUUUGCGUAAAGAGGAGGGCUCUUUAACGAUGGGCUCUGCCAGGGCCUCCGACUCAUCCGGUGAGACCCUCAAGGGCUCAGAAACUAAACUAGGCAUGACACGCUCGGCAUCUAGUCCCAAACUGAGUUCUGAGAGCGAUAAUAAGGAGCCCCGGCUUGCCCGAGUGCAGCCCACUCCCUCCAGACGCAUGUUCAGCAUUUCAGACACCAAUACCAACCCGGACAACUCCAGCAGCUUGUUGAGCCGGAGCUCUUCAUACACCCGGCGAUCAAACAACCCGGACCCCUUGUUACCUCGAAGCUCAUCUUACGGAAGAAAGCUCGAUGACCCUUCAUUGACCUCUUUAACCACAGGAACCUCUGGACUGAGCCGUCUCAACAGUCUGGUGGCUCAGAGAUCAGCUCAAGAAGAGGCCGAUAAGAAGGAUGCCGUUUCGGUGACAACCUCCAACUCCGUUACCACGACAGGUGAUACAGAUGCCAAACAGAGACGCAAGUCUUAUUUGACUCCAGUGCGUGAUGAGGAGGCUGAGGCUCAGAGAAGAGCCCGGUCCAGACACCUCCGCCAGUCCAGACGCUCAACACAGGGUGUAACCCUCACAGACCUGCAGGAAGCAGAGAAGACAAUGAAGACGGAAAACAAGGUGAAAGAGAAGGACGAGGAGGAUAAAGAUGGGAAGCAAAAGAAGGGAGACGAAGGGGAGGUGAGCUGGCGAUCUCGUAUCGCUAUCUUGCAAAAGUCGGAUCUGCUGGGACUCACGCAUCCCCCCGGCGCACCCCGUCCAGACAUACAAGAUGCAGACAGUGAGGAGUGGGUGAGAGAGCGCAGGAGGGAGAGGGCUCGGAGGAGAAGGAUAGGGGAGAGCGAUGACAAUGACCCCAGUGGAGAGGAGGAGAGUAGUGGUGGGCGGGACCCACAGACGGACAGGCAUGUGAGCAGCAGGUCUGAUUCAGUCUUGAAUGACUGUAUUCUCACGAGAGGAUCGGAUUCCAGGGACUUUAAAAAGAUGUUUGAGGAUGUUUCCAGGGAAAACCGCCGUCUGCAGAUGCAGUUAUCAGACACCCAGAGAACUAUUUCACUGACACGUGUUGAGCUGGAAAAGGCCACUCAGAGGCAGGAGAGAUUCACAGACUGCACCGCUCUGCUGGAGAUGGAAAAGAAGGAGAGAAAGAUGUUAGAGAGGCGUGCCGCAGAGCUGGAAGAGGAAUUGAAGGUUUUAGGAGACUUGAGAGCGGACAACCAGAGGCUGAAGGACGAGAAUGGAGCUUUGAUUCGAGUCAUCAGCAAACUCUCCAAAUAGAGAGCGGAGAAGAGAGAGAGAAACGUCCCACCCCUCCCCCAACAUCCUUCCGAGGGCCAAAGGCGGCGCGAGAGGAGGGGUGAACGUCAGACCCGAAAAACUACAGAGAAGAAUGUCACUGUUUUAUGUGGACCGGUCACAGUUUGACUUGAUCUUUUACCUUUCUGCAAUACGUGUGCGUGUGGCGUGUUUGAACUUCAUGCAUGUUCUCAGGAGACCAACCAGGAGACGAAGCUCGACUUUCUCUCUCUCUUUUUCUCACACUCGCACUCAUAUCGGGACGCAUGCACCAUGCACAUUCUCAUUAGCGUGACCACACACAGUCGACACACAUUCCACAUCUCGGGCAGCUGAGCUCUGCAGUAUUUUUUUGCAUCUUUGCACGCUACGUCUGCACAACACGCAAACACACACAACUGAGACCCAAAAAUCCACAAAAAGGUGGUCUGGAUAUAAGGGUGUCACUCAAGUUAUUGACUCCAGAUUUAUCGACCAACGCAACAAACGAUAGGGGCGACAAUCAGUGACGGUGGGUGCAGACUCUUGCGCAUGCAGGAAAACACGCGAGGGUGUCGGUUCGCAGCCUGUUAUGCUAUGCAUCUUGUUUUUUUUUAAAGCGACACUUAUGACGAGCGAUGCGGAAAUUUCUAUUUUCGUAUUUUUUACUGUUGUGUGAAUCCGUCGUUGUCUUCGUGAGCAAGGGUAAUGUCUUUUGUUUGUUGUGUACAAAUAUUAUUCGUUUGAAAUCAUACGCGCCAUAAACUGUAACAUGAGAUCAGUUGCAUUUUCCUCCACGUGUUGUUUUUCUAAUAUAUUGAAUGAAUGUUGGCACUUAAUAAAAUGUGUGUUUGUA